AAUAAACAUGAGAAGCACUAACACAAUAUUAUAUACAGUGAUUAAUUAAAACCAUACACUAGAUCUGAACUUUGAGGGCUCUUUCUCUCUCUAUAUAUAUAGGUGCCCACUAGCUAGUUCCUUUAAUUGUCACUGGUUCCUCAAGUUUUCAGGUAUCAUGGCAAAAGUUCAGUCAAGAAACUCACUUAGCAGCCUUGUGAUUCUCUCUAUCUUUGUGAUCUUCUACCUCAACAACAUAGUUGUAGAUGGAAAAUCAAGUUUCGGCAAAGUUUUAGAUCCAGUUAAGAUGGGUCUUAAAAAGGAGAAACUAAGUCAUUUCCGUGUAUACUGGCAUGAUAUUGUUGGUGGCAAGAAUCCAACAGCAGUUCCUGUUGCAAAUGCACCGGGAACGAAGAAAUCACCAACUGCGUUCGGUAUGAUAACGAUGAUCGACGAUCCAAUAACAGAAGGACCUGAGUUGAGUUCCAAACUUAUUGGAAGAGCCCAGGGAUUAUAUGCUUCGGCUUCCCUUGGUGAGCUUGGGUUAUUGAUGAACAUGAAUUUUGCUUUCAUGGUUGGGAAAUACAACGGCAGUACUAUAAGUAUAAUGGGAAGGAACACUGUGUUUUCCAAAGUCAGGGAGAUGCCUAUUAUCGGUGGUAGUGGAUUGUUUCGGUUUGCUCGUGGUUAUGUUCAAGCUCGAACUCAUAUGCUCAACCUUACAAAUGGUGAUGCUAGUGUUGAGUACAACAUCUAUGUUUUCCAUUUUUGAUUUUGUAUUUUGUAUUCUCUUUCCAUUUCAAUGAAUGAAGCAGAAUUCAUGUUUUCGUUUUAGAUGCAUAAAGAAGCUAUAGAUGUUCAAUAAUUGAAAUA